AUGGAGCGUGCAUUAGAACAUAUUGAAUAUAUUAAUGAAGAGGGAGAAUGUUCUACAAGGGAACUCAGAAAUAGUGUACCUGUUGAUUAUAGUGACAGUUUGAGUGAAACUGGCUUUUCUGAUUUGGGCCAUGAAGAGAGUGUGGCAGAUAAAAGAAAAUGGCAUGAAUAUGAUCAUGAUAGUGAUGUAAGUUGA